AUGGCGCAGCUGGGAGAGUGGGAUGAUUAUGAUUUCAUGCACGAAGUAACACAUAUGUUUUCUGGCUGUUCAAUUUCUGCUGCUAUAAAAUUGACCAACAGUAGUCUGUCAAAUUUAUUCUAUUGUUCAGGAGCGAAGAAAUUCAUAUCGAAAUAUCGUUUAGGUGAUAAUAUACAUGAUUGUUUCCAUAAUGAAACAAGUCAUAGUGAGGAUGAAAUGCUAGUCGAUUUCUGCUCGUUUAAUCUGACAAAUCGUUUCAAAUGUUUGAAUUUGACAAGUCAAUGCGUUCAACGAGCGAUGAUGAUGGACAAACUGUACGGCUGUGAGGAUAAAUCAGACACUUUGCAUUUUGGAAAUUGCAAAACAGCAUUGGACUUGAACUGUCAGUUUCUGCGAGGUGUCUAUUCGCCGCCGGUCCACUAUCUUUAUCGGGAAAACUGCAAUAACGUGUCCAAACUCCUCUUUGCUGUUGACGAAGAAACAGACGAAACGAGUUGUGAUGAAUGGCCCCAGUCAUUGCAUCAACGAUAUCAACGGUGUGACGGUGUGUGGGAUUUCAACGAUGGGAGAGAUGAACUGAACUGCUCAAAUUCUGCUGUUUCGUAUAUAACACACGACAUAUUUAAAUGCAGUAAAAACGAGCAUUACUGCAUAAAACGAAAUACAACGGGAAGCGGUUUGAGUUGUCUGCCAGUUGAACAAGCUGGCGAUAAUGUUACUGAUUGCACCGGAGGUACGGACGAGCGCACAACAGUUUGCGCUUCUGCUUCAAAUUAUCAAAAGCGAUUUUUUUGUCUUAGCCAAAACGGCUGUAUCUCUGUGCUUCUUGUCUGCCGCCAGAACUCGAUCUGUCCAACUGAGCGUGAUGAUAUUUGCCCAUGGUUUUCUAUCAAUGAUUGCAAGCCCGAAUUAGGUGAAGAUUCAAACGUGUACUUUCAGUGCAAAAAUGGAACUUGUAUACCUGAAGGUGGUUGCAACGGAGUGAUUGAAUGUUAUCCAUACGGGGAAGAUGAAUGGCUCUGCGAUAUGGCCUACGAAUUGAAGCCCGCUUAUAGUCGAAAAACCCUCGAAUUCUCACUGGAUAUCCUCGAUGCAUAUCCUCCUUUGAGUGAUCCGUCUCGUCGAAUGCAUCACGAUAUUAGAAUGUUACAUCCGCUGCCAUUGAAAGCAACUGCAGCAACGACAAAACUAUUAGGCUCCGCUCCAAGUACACCUGCCCGUGAAAAGCAUUUAUCGUGGUAUUGCAACCGAGGUGUUCAGGUCAUUAAAAGACACCCGGAGGGAACAAGGGAGUGUCUGUGUCCACCUAGUUACUACGGCAAUCGAUGUCAGUUCCAGUCUGAACGUGUGACGGUCGUUUUUCGAAUGGACACACAGGCAAUACUGGUUGGACGACAGCAGCAAGAUGCGAUUAAAUUGCUGGCCAUUCUUGUGAACGAAGAUAACAUAAUCGUCUCUCAGGAAGAGAUCAUUCACACACGAUCGGUGAAACAUUUCUUCUAUCUGAAGUAUCCCCAGCUACCGCCGAAACGAGGAAAUUGGUUUGUUCGUCUCAAUGCAUACUCUGUGACCACAUCACAAGUUUACUUUUUGGCUUCAUGGCUAUUCGACGUACCAUUUUCAUUUCUCCCAGUGAAUCGCCUCGCACUGGAUUUUACACUCACCGAACAGGAAACAUGUCAGACGCUUCACUGUGUUCAUGGUAGCUGUCGGAAAUAUUUGAAUUCUCGCCGGCAGAGAGAUUACUGUCAUUGUAGAAAUGGCUGGUCGGGUCAACUGUGCAAUAUAAGCAACACUUGUUUGACAUCUAAAUGUGUUGACAGAGGCGGAGAGUGUGUUAGCAGAUACCCAUCAGAUCCUUGGCCAAUUUGUGUCUGUGCGCUUGGCCGACUUGGGAUCGAUUGUCACGCAAAAUUUAAUCCGUGUGGAGACGUCAAGUGUAGAAAUGGUGGUACGUGUAUCCCGUUAGAUGAACGAUCACUGAGAUUUGUUUGUUCUUGUCGACAAGGUUACUAUGGACUCCGAUGUGAAUCGAUCAGUGCCAGAGUCACUGUCCGUUUUGCAUCUGAUCUAAUUCAAACUAAAAAGGCUAUACCGGUCGCAAUCGUUCACUUUGCCGAACUGAAGGGUGAAACUCCGGGCGUAUUGUUCGUUCAAAAUCGUUUCAUCUACAAAAAAGUUUCACUGAACAAACAUGUCGCAAUUUUCAAUGACAAUCACGAAUAUUUGCCAGAUUUUGUUCUGGCUCAAAUCUUUUUCCAUCCAGGUCAUGUUGAUUAUUAUCUGGCGGCUAUCAUAAAACAUCAAACAACUUUCAAUUAUUACACCAAUCCGCCUGUGAUCAGACAUCGAUUGACAAACAUCACCACGAGUGUCAUCCCGUCAAAUCGAUGUCCAGAUGUUAACGAACUGCUCGAUAAUCAAACAAUUCGAGAAUUUCCAUUGAUGAAGAAGGUUAAAUUCUAUCAACAUGCCUGUCGCCUUAGUCAAACAAAAUGUUUCGUCGAUGAGGUUCACUUGUGUUUUUGUGACAGAGAUCGAGCGGCUGAUUGUCUCGUGUUUCAACACGAGCCAACAACUUGUUUAAUCGACUAUUGUCAAAAUAGCGGCAGGAAAGUACACCUGGUGCAUCAUCAAAUUCGAGCGGCUAUGGUUCGAAUACUACCGGCUGAUGGUUAA